AUGCCAUCGACGGCGGGCGAGAUCCAGCGAAGAGAUGUGCAGCGGCAUCUCCUCACUCUCAUCCGGGACUUUGCCGCCGAGCAGUCACAGGGAGGUGGAAUCCGUCUUCUCUUCUGAUUCUAUCGUCUCUGUUGGGAAUCUCUUGCUCGUCGCUUAUGCUACUUUUCGCACUCGUCCCCGUUCUCUUCUCGUGUUCCUUUGUUCCUCGGCAGAGAGGAGGAUCUCCGAUCUGAAGAAUCGGCUGGUCGACCUCCAGGGGCAGUUGAAGACAGCGAACGCCAGCCUCGAGGUGGCCAAGCAGUCAAGGGAGGCCGCGGAACACAGUAUAAGGGGUUCUGAGGUCGAGCUUUCUAUGGCUGAUGCGUCAGUACAUGCUCUGGAGGUUUCUCACUCACUCCCUUGCCUCGAUCAGUAAAUUUGUGUGCCGCUCUUUCGACUUCAAAUUUUUCUUUCCGUUGUACUAUUUCUGUUCAGUGAUACUCGGUAAACGACCGUCCCAUUUUGCAGGCGAGAACUCGUCUUCUGCAAGAUGAGGUGUCCAUAAUUACUUCUGAUUUCUCCAACCUUAAGGUUCGUCUCUUUCCGUCUCCGCAUGUGCUUUUGUGUCACCAUUUAAUCCUUAUCCAUUAUAUUCAUUCCCUAUUGAUGUUGAUUGCAUUGACAUUGGUUCCCGUGAAAGAAUGAGGAGGAAAAUGUCCGGUUAGUUUUUACGAGAGCGCUGAUUCUAUUUCUGAUUUAUUUUUCAUUUGGACUAAUUGAGGGAAAAAGUCGUCUACUGACUCAGGGAUAAAUUUCUCAAUGAAAUGUAUGAGCUCAACAAGAACAUAAGGUCAGUAUUGGAACUUGUUCAUUUGCAAACGUUUUUGCUUUCCUUCCCUGUUUCUACUUUUAUUUUUCAGCUUUCUGACUCUAACAGAUGUUCAAACAAUUUUUUACACUUUCAGUGCUGGGAACAUGAGAAAAACGAAAAUGAUCACGUGUUUGAUGAUGUUUGACUUCACAAAUUGAACAAAAAUUAUUUGCCAAAAUUUCGUAAAAUGUUUUGGUGUGUGGAUGCGGAAUUACUUUAUUGGGAAGUUACAUGUGUUAUAUGAGCGUGCAAGGACAAAAAGGAUGCUUUGCUUCGAGUAAAACUUGAUGAAAGACGCGAUCAAUUAAUAUGAUUUUAAUUUGCACACAUUUUAAUUCAAAAAGAAUUAAGUGUACUUCUGUCGAGUUUAUAUGAGAUGAUUAUUCCCUUGGGUCUAGUGUUUUCUUUGAUUAUUCCCAUCUAAGAGCGACUGUCCAAACUUGACAGCAUUUUUUUAUUCCUCUUUAGACUGGUGUAUAACAAAGUUGAGAUUCUUACUCAAAUGGGGACAAGUGACAAGUAGCUUGCCCUGAGUCUGCAACAUGCCGUCGUUUAAUCCUAGACAUCUGUGAUUCUCCACCUCAAUCAUUCUAUAUGACUUUUCCCCUUGCUGUUUGACGCUAUCCGGAUUUUAGUAUUAAAAAAGGAAAACGUAUGGCAAUGGGUCGUUUCAUGAAAAUGAUCCUGUUCAGUUACUGACACUAAUCAGAUGUAUUUUAGCCAACUCUACAAUUCACUCAAAUAGUAAGACCUAUUCUGUGAGCUUUGGAAAUUUAAUAUUGUGGUAUUAAACUGUUUAAGGAUUAUACCCAGUUGAUUCACUUUAGUGAAGUCCUUAUACUUAUUGGUCCAUUGCCUAUUGGAUUCUGAAAAUGCUAUUUAUUAGAGGACAGAGUAUUUCCAAUUUAUGAAUUUCAGAAGAAUGGGACUUUGUGUCCGUUGCUUUCAACUGGUUUAUGUCUUUGACUUCAAGUUUAGUUGAAUGACUGUACAGCCUUCAGUAAUUUGGGGCUUAUCGCUGCAGGAGUUUUCGAGAAUUGGAAGUACUCACCCUCAAGAAAAACAACACUCUUGGAUUUCUUUUAGAUGAUGGUAAGUAGACAAUGUUUGGCACUAUACUUUACAAAUAAUGCUCGAUUUAGGAAUCCUAUGAUGAAAAUCGCAUGGUUGUUUGAUGUAAGGUGGCCUAUUUCUACAUAAUUUUCAGAUGUUCAUCUUGCCAAGGUUUAUGAUGUGGUACUCAAUUGUCUCCAUGUUUCUUCAUGAGCUUAUGUUGAUCUUCUUUCGGUUCUUGAGUGGGUUUGUCUAGGUUGAUUGGAGUUCUUAACUAUUGCAUUCUGUAAUUUCGGUCAGAAUUAAUAGCUUUCUCUCAUCUAAUUCAUGUCUUCUCCAGAAUCCCAGGUUUCCUGUGAAAUGAAAAUCCAAUAAGGGGGAUGUUUAAAAGAUGUAAUGUAAAUUUAAAUGAAGAUGGUGGUUCUCUUUGCGUGAUCUUGUUUUAUACUUGUAGUAAAGAUAAUAAGUCUUUACUAUUAUGAGUUAAAAAUUAAUAAUAACAUAUUUAGUAUAGUUGGUAAAUAGGUUUAUAUUUGUGUUAAAUUAUGAAAAAUGAUUCCUCUGUAGAUUACUCAUAUUUAGUAUAGUUGGUAUGCUGAUCAUGUUAGAUGGUUGCUCCAAUAUAUUAGAAGCUUUAUUUAAGCCAUCGUAUGCUUUUCUUUGUUAAUUCUUCCUAGGUUAUUACAUAAAUGCAAUUUAUAAAGGGACUAAAAAAGAACUACCGCCAUUUCAAUGCAGGCAAGACAACCUUGGAUGCAAAACAGAACCCUAGGGGGACACUGCAAGAUGUUGAGGACAGGCUAUCUGAUACUAAUUUUCAAUUGGAUGCGCUGGAAGGGAAGUAUCAAGAAGAAUUACGUGUCCACACUGAGGUAACAUAGAUUAAAUUUCCUCUGUUAUAGAAACUUUUGGGAUCUAGUGGAUGCAUAAUUCAGUUUUCUCCGCAUAUUUAACGACAGCUGAAUCGUGUGUGACUAGUUGACUUCGACUGAACAUUUAAGCAUUUGAAUGCAGCACAAUAGCAUAUGACUGAUCUUUUUUCUAUGUUUUUCCUUCUUAUCUUACCGUUCUCCUUCAUUGGCAUAAUGUUUUAGUUUACAUAGGCCAUGCUCUCAUUUACGAAGUAUAAAAUUGGAUUUAAUAGGGUUCUUUUUUUCUUAAUUGGACUUUGGUUUUUUUCAAGUAAAUAAUUCUUUAAAAGCCUCCAGGAAUUUACGAAAUUCAUGGAAAGUAAGAGGGGUCAAGAUUUGCCUCCUCAUCACUGGUCGUGAAUUUGGGAUUUCCUCUUGAGCAGAUGGAGAGUUUGAUACAUAUCGCUUCACUGAAUUUUAAGGAUAACUGUGGGUCAAUGGCUACCUGAGGAAACACCAAUUUGAACCCCCCACCCCCCUUCCGGCUGGGAGGCAUCUACAUCAUUCCGACCACAGUGAGAGGUUCGCCAUGAUGGCAGGUUAGUUCUGUCACAAUGCCACCACGGAGCACCUAGGAAUGCGUCUUCGCAGAUCAAGUACUACAAGGUCACCCCUUUCAUUUUGGGCGUGACGCAGCAGGGAUCACACAGUCUGAGCCAUUUUUUCAUGCUUUUCCUUAAGAUUUGCAGGAAAGCAACAGUGAAUAGGAUUUCCCUUAUCCUACCAGUGAGAUCUCCCUUUCCUUCUAUACCAGGCACGUUCCUGGAAAGUGACCUGAUUAUUGACCUUUUAUCCCGCACAGCAUUUUGGUCUUUGCCACUUUAUGUUCAGAAAAUCCUGACGAGUUUUUAACCUUCAAGAUUUGAGUUGCUGGUCCUAUUUAACGUUCGUUUUUUAUUUCCAAUCGUCCAUCAUUUUUUUCCUGCUUAUUUCAUGAGUGAUUUAAGAUCCAAAAGUUCAUCGAGAGAUUAUCAUGUUGCCAAGAUUAUCACGUUCGUAGUGCAGCAUCAAUUAUUCACUGCGUUUCCCCGUGAUUCUCCUUUGCAAGCGACUCAGUGUUUGUUCCGUUUCUUUAGUAGUAUGAAAUAAUGAAGCUGGACCUAUUUCAUCCGUAUUAUCAGAAACCUUGACAGCAUUUAGACUAGUUUUCUACUCCCUUCUUUAACGUGGUCUUCUGUUCGUUGACCGAUCCGUAUUUGUGGAAUAUCCUUCGAUUCGUGGCCACGUAUUAUGGUCUCACCCUUUUCUCGACUUCACCGGCCAUUUUUGCACCUUACACGCUGGAGAUGAUCAUCGAACACUCGGCAAAUGAUGCCUUACAUUGGGGAACGUACCAUGUUCUUUAGGCUGUUCAGAUGCUGGCUGAAGUGGAGAAAAGGGCGUUCCUUGGCGAAGCCGUGAUCGAAGAAACUAAACAGAUAAAGGAGCUCUCUAGAUAUCCUCACUGUCGAAUAAUAGUCCUUGCGUCCCUUUGUUGUUGA